GUGUCUGUGUAUCGUUGCUAUGGAGAUGCAGCGCUAAUGGCGUGGGGGGCGGCUGCGGAAAGCUGCUUUGUGAAUUGUCCCUGCGGUGGACUUGAUCCUGCUUUGGAAAAGGGAAUUUUACCAGCCAUCCGGAACAUCUCGCAAUAUGGACAAGAGCCGCCCAUCGCAAAACGGACUGACUCAGCCCCAUGUUCAUUAUUCAUUUUUGAAAACUGCAUCUGAAGACCUGUUGUCGAGCGAGGAGAAUUUGCAUUCCAACGCGCAUGACUCUCUGGUGUCCGAUUCUGAAAGUCUUGCUCAAGAAAAGCAAUAUCAGCUGGAGCUUCAGCAGCGAAUCAGCAGCAGUGAAGAACUGCUGGACCAGUCUUAUUACGAACUGGAGGAAGGCAGCUUAGAGGACGAUAGCCUGGAGGAGAAACCCUUGAGUGAACCAGAAGAGUCAGAUUUAGAAGACGCCCAGAUUCCUAUUGGAACUAAUUGUAGAAAGGAAAACUGCAGUAAUAAUUCAAGUAUCAAAGAGGGAAUCACGGACAGGUACUCUGAACUACGGUACAAUCCCAACUGGAAGAAUGAAAGAGAAGGCAGUAUUGUGGAAUUAACGCAACUAUACUCAGAGGAUGCCCAAAGCUCACCAUUUGCAUCUCUGGCCUGCAGUCCAUCCCAAGACAGGCUCACACCUGGGGAUCAUCGCCUCAAAGAAGGAAGCCAAGAUAUCCCAUCUCUAUCUGACAGAGAGUCGCUGAACUCUUCUGCAUCAUCUGCAAGUGUUAGUGAUGAAUCUUAUCCAUCAGCUAAAAACAGGGAGCAAGGAGGAGAGGCUAAAUCUGCCUGCCAACAUAACAGCAGUUCCAGUAUAGGCAACUGUAGUUGUUUUGCCCAAACAAAAGACUUCAAACAACAGAGAUCCAAAAAAGACUUUAUAGAAAAGAAUAAAAUCACACUGGGGUUAGCAGCCCGACAGAGCAACUCCUAUCUUCAACUCCAUAGUAAAAAGCAAACGAAAGAUCAUCCGGGACAGGCUCACCAAGGCCAAGGGCGCAAGAUGAGAAGAACAGAUUCAAGCCAAGAUACACCCUUCGAAGAAAGCUCCAACCAAUAUCCAAUGGGAGCUCAAAUAGAACUGAGAUGCCAGCACAGUGGACAUCACAAUGAGUUAGAAUCUGAGAACAUGCCAACAAAUUCCGACUCUUCCAGAGAAGCUCGCAAUUUGGAACAGGACAGCAGAAGUUUGUUACAUUUCAGGUUGUAUCCAAAUCCACCAGUUGCUCUGUUCUGGCCUCCCAUUGCCUCAGGGACUCAGGACAUCCAAUUCUACGCAGGUCCGAACUACGUUGUUCACCAAGAUGGCAAGGAGUCUUCCCUGAACUUGGCUUUUGCUGGGAAUCCUUUUCAGCUGAGCUCGUACCCAAACUUUCCUGUGUUUCAUUUGCCGUGCGCCAGUGAGAACAAGAAGGACCAACAGAAUCCUGAAAGCCCUUCUGGGUGCCAGCAACACCCCCCACGUCAGGGAGCCGUAUCAGAGUCUCAUUCCUUCCCCAGACAUGGCAAGGCUUGGAAGCCUUUAGUCCCCCCAAAAAAUCCAUCUGCUUCUGAGCUUGGGCUCCGACAGCCAGUAAACAAAGGACUUUCAUCUUUGAACUCCAGAAACAUUUAUAGUGAGGACAUCCAUAGCAGCUAUGUUUCUGGAGACCCGGGGCCACCCCAGCCGCCCGCCCACAACCUGAUAGGAGCUGUAUCUCCAACCGAGCAGCUCAUCCAGGCAGCCGAGAGGCACCACCGAGAGAUCUCUCAGCUGGCCGAUGACCACCUGGCCAGCAUGCUCCCACCUGUCAUGAAGAGGGGGGAGAGUGACUCGUGGCUCAAUCGGGAGAGCAGCAGAGGAGGCCAGCCUUUCCUGGGCCGCAGCAAUUCCGAAGGCUACCUGCUUCAGGUGGAAAAACAAAGUGAGAAGAAGGAGAAACAGAAUACGAAGGUUUCUAGGACAAAAGGCUACGUGAAGAUGGACGUGAAGCUCGGAGGCCUGGGACCUGACUACGAGACCAUCAGAGAGAAAGCAGAGAAGAUCAAGCAGCAUAAAGAAUAUGCCAAGCAAAUUAAAGAACACAACAUGAAGAACAUCAUCAAUGCCGGGAAACCACCGCCCAGACAUGAGAAUAAGUUACUGAUGUCGAGGCAGAAGGCCAUAGAAUACGCCAAGACGAUUCCUAAGCCAAAAAUUGUCCUGUCGAAGCCAUCAGACCAAGAGUCCAAAGACGAGAAAAGUCUGGCGCACACUUUAAACGGCGAGAAUCUGCCUCCCAUUGCGUCGCUGGAGUCUCUGCAGAGCAGGCAUGAAAGAGAGAAACAGGUUGUGGCCGCGUUUAAAACCCUUCAUAUUGUAUAAGCAGCCGCACAGGGGGCCGACUGGUGUUCCUGCCAGCUACUGAUCUCUUCCGCCCUGCACUGAGUCUCCGAUUGAUGGUUCUCCGAUGUCCUGAAGGGCCAGCAUUGAAUUAUGAGCUUCUGCUGUUGCAAAAUUAGAUUUUUGAGACUAAAUGUUUUCACUUUAUUCACUCCCCCUCCAUUAUU